CGCAUGGAUCGCGAUAGGCUCCAAGAUGUCCUCACAGACGAGUGUCGCUUUGUUCAGAACUACUUGCUGCACAUCCUGCAGUGCAUCCAGAAGAACUGGCUUUGCCAAGACCUCUCGGAGCACGUCACGAUGCUGAAAGAGCUCGAAGCCGAACCACACUUGCGGUGGAUGAUCGCCAAAUAUAAUGAUACUGUCAGGCGUCUCUUUCCCCCUGCUCUGGAAGAUAGCAUUCACUUGCUGCGGCAAGUGUGUGAACAGCAUGCAGCUGAAGCGCAAGUUUUAGUGGAUAGGGCCUGCAAGCUGUUCCGUUGCAAUCCGUUGCUUUCCCGCAACGCUUCCCGGUAAGGAUUGCAAGUCCUGGCAAGCGGAAGCAACCUUGGACAUCACUAGAAGCACUGGCUCUGCGAUAGGGAGACGUGCAGCCA